CGAGCCGCCGACGCGGGUUCAUGCCGGGCGCUGGGGCCGCGCUCCCCGCCCCCGCCGCGUCCGCCGUGACCGCCCGGGAGCGGGGCCGGCGCAGCAGCGAGCGCCGCCCCCGCCGGGCAGCGCACAGCCCCCCGCGCCCUCCCGCUCACGCUCACACACACACGCACAGACAGACAGACAGACAGACAGACACGCAGAGACGCCGGGACGGAUGCCGCAGCGCAUCCCGGGCCGGCCCGCGGACACCCGCCCUCCGCGGAGGGGGCUCAGGCAGGGGCUGCCCCCAGCGCCCGUCCCGGAGCCGGGCGGGGCGACACCGGGACCAGCCGGGGAACGGCCUGAAGUUGUGUCAGGGGAAGUUUAGCCACAAACGUCAUCUACCUUCAAACCAACUCUGUGAUGGCCUCCGACCUACAGAUACACCUGAUGCCAGCACAGGAGCAGCUGAGGGCAGAGGCUUGACAGCCCCAUCCAGAGAACCUGCACCUUUACAAAACCACUCCAGGGUGAGGAUUUUUUGCCUUCUGUGUAACUGCAUCUUCCCCUGUGGUGAUACAGGACUGUUGCCUCUUGUCUGUUCGCUGUGCCUGUCAGACACAGGUCUGCUCCCGUCCUCUCUGUAACCCGUGAAGGGCCCAUGGAAGAGCGCUGCCAGACUUCCAUCAACUCUCUCUGGCCUGACCAGGCUGUUCCCUCUGCUUACUUGAACUGUUAAAACACCUACACUGAGCAGAAUGGCUUUGCAAGUGACUUUAACUCUGCUUGUUUUAUAAAGGAAGAGUAGCUGCUGAAACCACCUUAACAAGGAGAGGUGCUGGAAGGUCUUCUGUGCUGAAAAAAGGAAAAAAAAAGUUCAAAUUGUAAUAUGUGGACUGAAAAACAUAUCGGUUUCACAUACUAACUGUGCCAUGUGUAAAGCUCGUCUACCGUUUCCUAGACAAUGAGGCUUCAGAAAUGACUGUACAUCAACAAAAUUAAAUCCCAACCUCUAUUCCAGGAAGCAAACAAAGUUGUUAUUGCAGAUAAAUUUAAUUUGAGAACUUAAAAAUGCAAACAACCAAAUAAUACCAUCAUGUUCUAUUUGAGCAAAACAAAACAACACUAAACUUCUGACCUUUCUGACAAAAAGGACCCAUCUUGCAUAAGUGUUUCCAAGUCUGGGCAGUUUUUUGCCUGUGUUAUUUUUAUUCCUAGGUUGAACCUGACAGUUGUGCUCAGUAAUCAUUAUGCAGUCAGCUUGAGCUGUUCUGAAGUGCUACCAGCAUCAGUAGAACUUGAGUUUUAUGAUGUUGGUUUGGGGUUUUUUUCCCAUAUAUGUCAUACAAACAACUUUGGGUAUACACUUGAAGUUAUUCUCA